UCCUGACUGGCUAGCUGGCUAGUUAACCUAGGUUACCUGCCAAGAGCAGUGAUGUUUACUGCAGAUUUCUCUCAGAAUUUCAAAAUAACGGCUCGAUUUUAGCGACUAAAAUGAAUUGAGCUUUGUUUUGGAGAUGUUUGUCUUUUAGACGGGGGGUUUGUUUGGCUCUGAGUGGAGAAAAACACUGCUCUAAGGGGGUAACGUUAUAAUAUCAGUGUGUUGUGAGUCAGGGCUCGUCAGGCACUGCGGUUGGCCUCUCCUGGUCCAGCUGGGCUGCGGAUCAUCUACAGCUCUCAGCUCUGCAGCUUCUCCAGUGAUGUUUGUUUUAUGAAGAUGUCGGCGAGGGGAACCCUGUGAACUAAAUGACUGUCAGAAACAUCGCCUCCAUCUGUAAUAUGGGCACCAAUGCCUCUGCUCUGGAGAAAGACAUUGGUCCAGAGCAGUUCCCUAUUAAUGAACACUACUUCGGAUUGGUCAAUUUUGGGAACACAUGUUACUGUAACUCGGUGCUGCAGGCACUGUAUUUCUGCAGGCCGUUCAGGGAGAGCGUGUUGGCCUACAAGGCGCAGCAGAAGAAGAAGGAAAAUCUGCUCACCUGCCUGGCUGACCUCUUCCACAGCAUCGCCACACAGAAAAAGAAGGUGGGCGUCAUCCCGCCCAAAAAGUUCAUCUCCCGCCUGAGGAAGGAGAAUGACCUCUUUGAUAACUACAUGCAGCAGGAUGCUCACGAGUUCCUGAACUACCUGCUGAACACGGUAGCUGACAUCCUGCAGGAGGAGAAGAAGCAGGAGAAACAGAACGGUCGACUGAAGAACAACGGAACGGCCGUCACUGCUGAAACUGAGCCAGAGAACAAGAACGAGUCCACCUGGGUGCACGACAUCUUCCAGGGCACUCUGACCAAUGAGACGCGCUGCCUCAACUGUGAGACGGUCAGCAGUAAACACGAGGACUUCUUGGAUUUAUCUGUGGAUGUUGAACAAAACACUUCAAUAACACACUGUCUCAGGGACUUCAGUAACACGGAGACGCUGUGCAGUGAAUAUAAAUACUACUGUGAAACCUGCUGCAGCAAGCAAGAGGCUCAGAAACGCAUGCGUGUAAAGAAGCUGCCCAUGAUCUUGGCCCUGCACCUAAAGCGCUUUAAAUACAUGGAGCAGUUGCACCGAUACACUAAGCUGAGCUACCGCGUGGUCUUCCCUCUCGAGCUGCGGCUCUUUAACACAUCCGGAGACGCCGUCAACCUGGACCGCAUGUAUGACCUUGUCGCUGUGGUGGUGCACUGUGGCAGUGGACCAAAUAGAGGACACUACAUAACAAUAGUGAAGAGUCAUGGCUUCUGGCUGCUUUUUGAUGAUGACAUUGUAGAGAAAAUCGAUGCACAGGCGAUAGAAGAGUUCUAUGGUUUAACUUCUGACAUUUCUAAGAACUCUGAGUCAGGAUACAUCCUCUUCUAUCAGUCCAGAGAGUGACAGCAGGAGCACAGGAGGUAUAUAGCAGAACGUGCAAUGGGGUGAAUGAAGGCAGGAGGGAAAAAACGGAAAGGGAAGACCAGUAGUUUAGUCACUGACCAUAAACACCACAUCCCUCAGCACUCCCCAUCCCCUCCCACUCAGGACCCUUUUACUGAAACCUGUGCCAAUAGCACCUGGACCUCACCUUUGCCAACACUACAUUUACCAGAAUUCCCCUCUCUCCUCUCAGUUAUCGCUGCACUCUGGGGAAUCAUUCUCCAGUAAACUGACCCUCAGUCAGUCCACCUGCAUAUUGAAGGCACUUUAUAGACAAAAGCAUCAACGAAGACCGCAACAGACACUACAGAAGCAUCGGAACACCUGCUUACUCAACGAUGCUUUUACAAAGCUUGAAGAAUUCGAAACACUUCAGUUUCCAUGUGGAGCAGUGAGGCCACUCUGGAAGCUCGACCUUUCCGAGAUCUUGGCACUGCUGUGGCCUGGAAACUGUCUCUCUUCCUAGGUAACUUAUACCAGAGGGCCUCUCUUUCUAUUUUGGAGCUCUUAUUCCAGUUUGAGGUUCUCUUUUUUUUUUUUAUUAUUAAGUGAAUGAACAGAAUGUUUUAAUUUAUGUUUUAUGUGUUAUAAAUGUGUGUUACCUUGUUUAAAACUUGGGGAACAAAGGAGGACUUUCAAUUCAGUUGAAUGGGCUAAGUUAAGCGUAAAGAUGGUCCGGUAGGAAUGUUGUUUACCUUGUAUCCUGUUAAUAAAUGACAGUGAAAAAUAGUAAGGCUGAUGACACAGUGUUAGAGAACUCUAACAAUCUAAAUUAUCCGUUUAGAACCCAAUUAUGGUGGCAAUUCAACAUGUCUACUUAAUCAUAAUAUGCAAAAAGGUAAAAAUAACUUGAAAUAUAUAAAAAAAUAAAUUUAUCAUGAUUCUUCUGAACACCAAACAAUCAUCCACGAUUUGCCAAAAUGCUCACCACACACCAUAUAAUAUUUGGUAACUGAUUGAGGAUUUGUAACCCAGUGUUGUGAUAAUAAUUAAGGAGAAAGUUCAUUAAUCGUGCAUUCCUAUUAGACAGUCUUGACUUCUUGCUUUGUCUUACCAACUGAAAAGUCUUGCGUUACGUUGUGAAUAUCUCCCCUGUUCAGUUCCUCCAUCUCGUAUUGUCCCAAAGCAGUCUUGUUACCACAGUCUAGUCCAGACUGGUUUGAUCCACUUUUUGUAGCCUCUCUGUACUGUAGGUGUUGUGUUCCCUUCACUUUUGGGUUGAGGUACAGAAAAGUGUGGUUCGUGUGUAUGGUGUGGUUUCAUAUACACUACAUAGACAUGAAAGUGUGUGAGGGUGAUCUUGUUGACUGUUAUGCACUAUAAGAACAAAAGUAAAGGUGUGUGUGUGUGUGUGUGUGUGUGUGUGUGUGUGUGUGUGGCUUUGUUGAAGGAAUUUUCUUAAUAUGAUCAGUAGCCUUGGCCAGUCUUUACAGUUUUCUACAGCAGUGCAAGUUAUAAGUGAGUUAUACCUGACGUAGCUUUCUCAGAAGAAAAACAUAAUAGUGCUUGCAUCUACUCCUUGGCUGAAAGCAUAUAACAGUAACCAGGCCACGUAGAUGCUCAGAAAUGACUGAAUUAGAUUGAUUUAAGGUCAGCAGAGUCCUUAAUGCCUUACAUCAGCAAAAGACUGUGCGAGGGAGAACGUCCUUCAUUACUUUGAAGUUACUGUUAAACUCACAAUGAUCCUCCUACAGAGCCGAGACUCAAGGCUAAAGCUUGCGCCUCCUACUUUGUCUUGCCUUUUCUUUAUGUAACAGGUUUGUUACCUAACUGCCAUUGAAGAGCAUGUUGCUAGCAGCUCUGGAGAUAAAGGUGUGAACUUGUUAAAAGCAGUUCAGUCAGGUUAGCUCUGAAGUUCACCUCAUUCUACUGCUAUUAACCUUCUUAAAGAUGGGUGAUUCUGACUAGACUCAUAUCAAAGUUAAAAUUACUGGGUUCCCUGAGAUAAAAAAAGGAGCAAAUGGUCCUUAUGGUAUGCUCUACUGCUUGUAGAUGUGAAAUUAUAUGGAUCUCAGCAUUCGUCUGAGUUUUUCCAGAUCAAGUUGUUGUAAGAUCCCUGAACUACAUUGGGAAUAAUCUCAUGGUCGCUAAAUUUGACUAAAUUGAGGACCAUCAUAAGGUCCCUUUAUUUUGAUUGAACUUCUGACCAUCCCCAGGUCCCUUUAUUUGAUUUGAGCUCAGCCUAUCUUGAGGUCCUUGAAUUUAACUGAAAUCUGUACCAUUCUGAGGUCCCUCAAUUUGACUGAAAUCCAGACCAUUCCCAGGUCCCUAAAUUUGACUGAGGUCCCUGAAUUUGACUGAAUUCUGGACCAUCCCCAGGUCCCUGAAUUUGAUUAAAGUGCAGACCAUUCUGAGGUCCCUGAAAUUGACUUAAGUCUGGACUUCUCUGAUGUCCUUGAAUUUGACUGAACUGCAGACCAUUCUGAGGUCCCUGAUUUUCACUAAAACCAGACUAUCUUGAGGUCACUAAAUUUAACUGAACUGUUGCUCUUUCCCAGGUCCCUGAAUUUUAUUAAAGUGCAGACCAUUCUGAGCUCCCUGAAUUUUACUGAAUUACCAGGUCCCUGAAUUUUACUGAACUGAAUAUUCCUAGGUCCCUGAAUUUGACUGAACUGAUCAUUCCCAGGUCCCUGAAUUUGACUGAACUGAAUAUUCCCAGGUCCCUGAAUUUGACUGAACUGAAUAUUCCCAGGUCCCUGAAUUUGACUGUAUUCUGGACCUUUCCUAGGUCCCUGAAUUUGCUUGAACUUUAGACCACCCCAGAGUCCCUGAAUUAAACCAAACUGCAGACCAUCCAAAGGCCCCUGAUUUUCUUUGAACUGUUGACCAUACUGAGAUUCUUAAAAAAAGCUGUCGGCCAUUUAGAGGUCCAUAAAUUUAAAUUAACUGGGAAACUCUGAGAGCAGUAGUUCCUAGAGCAGUGGUUCCUAAUCCUGGUCUUGAGGUAGGAGCCUUUUCUUGCAGAUGUUUUGCUCUUCCUGAGCACAGAACAGGUAUUAGCCACAUGCAUAUGUAUGUAACAAUAAUGUUUUAUCAAGUCUUCAUCAAAAAAGACAAUUGAAUAUGCUUGGUGUUGGUGUCUUCCCUGCUCUGUCACAUGUGAUCCAACUAAUCCAGUCAUUAAGAUGUUUAGGGGUGUAGUCCAGUAGAAGCAGUCAUAGACAUUUAUGUAAGUCCCUGCGGCUUGUCAAUGUAGAUUACAGCAUAUGUUUACUGAGAUUCAAAUUCCAUAUUGUUGGGUUACACACUUAAGCAGUUAGCAGUACCAUAAAGGUUGUGUGUGUGUGUAGGAACAUGGUUUGGGAACUGAUCCUAGAUCUGUAUUGAUAGACAGGUUCUAGAGCUGGGAACUAGUAAAGAUGGACUGCAUCAAGCAUAGUAAAGGGAUUAAAGCCUCUGUUAAUAGGAAAGUUAAGACCAAGCGCACAAUUUAUUCAAUUAAUAGAUGAAGGGCAUUCAUCAAAGAGGGCUAUUGCUAUAAAGGGCAGUGUUUUGGCACUGAGAGAGGGAGAGUGAUCAGGUCAUGUGACCAUGUUUUGCAUUAUCUUAUGAAUGAAGGGCUUAGUUUGGCUGAGCAUGUGUGAUGGACUGGGUCCAGCAAGACAGAGUUUUGGUAAAAGUGUGUCAUUUUCAUACUAUGUUAUGUAGGUACAUAAACAAAACUGUAUGUGUGUGUGUGUGUGUUUGUGUGUGUGUCUGUCAUAAUACUGUUACUUUGUUAGUCUGUAUAUUCAAACAGUGCUACUGCAGUUGAACCAGAGCACAAUAUACUACACAUAAAUACUUUCAGUAGAUUUAUUAUUUUUAUAAUUUAUUUGAAGGUUACUAACACUAACAUAGGGGCCACAUAGCACAUGCAUUCAACAACAAUAAUAAAGAAAAAUUGUUGUCGAUUUAUUCCAGUAAUUACAGAAAGAUGAUAAAUCUAAGGUUACACAUUAGGUAAAUUCCCCACUCACUGAGUAGAGUAUAGAGAAAAGAAGUAUUCAUUUAUAGAUAUUUAUGCAGUCCCUAUGUAGGUAGCCUUCAAAUAAAGAGUCUUGAUCUUGGAAUUCGCUAAUCAUAAGCCGUAGAGUUAUAAAAAGUGCCAUUUCCAUUGUAAUGUUCUGGGUUAUAGAGAAAAUGGGUCAAUGUUACAUUUCCGGUGUUUUACUGAAGUCUUGACCUACAGCAAACCAGUAAUGUGAGAACAAGACCCUAAAACUUUGUUUUAAUAUAGCUUAUCAAUGUUCUCUUUGGGAUCCACAGAGCACAGAGAGUGCACUUCUAGUGAAGAAAUCAAACUUCUGCACCGACAGGCUAGAGCAGUCAGACUUUACAGCAGAUCAAAGAUGCUCCUUAGUUUCUUGUACUCUAUUUUUUUUUCCCAGCAUUCUGUUGCUCCCAGAAAACAACCCUUAUUAACACUAUUCCCACAGCUCAAGCUGUGAUCCAUUUAGCCCGGUUUGACACUUUGAAUUGUACAGUAUAUGGCAAGUGACAUGGCACACGAGUUCACACACAAAUCUGCUUGUUAGUUUGCAGCCCCUUUUUCUCCAGUUAGAUAUUCUAGUCAUACUGAUCUAAUACUGUUCAGAAGUUUAGAAUCAGUAUUUCCACUUUGUUUGCAGAUACAGGUAUAAAAUAAAAAUAGAAUUAGAAAAAGCUCUCCUGUGAUGGACAGCUUUGUCCAACAUGGAAUCAUGGAAGCUGUAAUGAACAUUACCAUAAAUCUCGAGACAGAAGGCAUGUUUUAUGUAAAACCCCCAUGGCUUUCAAAUGGCUUUCUUUCUCUAAUAACAGCACUAAAAUGUCUUGUUUGUGUAAGAUAAACCCUAUAAUAAUAGUAAAGUAAAUCACCCCUUAUUCAAUUCUUGGUUUAAAUAAAUGUCUAUUUUUAAACCCAUUUUGUUUAGGGAAAUGGCUUUCCAGAUAGGAAAAUAUGGAGUAGGAGUGGGUAAUGUGGCCCUAAAGUAUUAUCACAAUAUGGCGAGGUAUGUUUGCUAUAAUGAUAUUCUUAGUGAUUUGAAAAAAACAUUGGAUGUUUUAAACAGAAUUUCUAGAAAAUACUAUUGCAAUAAAAAAAUAAUAAAUAUUAUUUCGUAUAAUUACACAAUUUUAUACAUUCAGUAGACACAACGAAAAUCUAAAAAUAUUGGGCCGUUUAGUAAACACUUUCCAAGACUGAAUUUUUAUAAAAUAAAAAUAUUACAACAAUUAAAGUACUGAAACAACAGAAAUAUACCGCAAAACUAGCAGCAUAUUUAGUGCAUUAGCUAACAUCAGUCAAGACACUUACUGGUAAGGUUAACAAGACACUUACUGUAUUUGAAAUGAGCUAAUAUGUUGGGAAGGGGCGUAACCGUCCUGUAAUGACAUGUUUAUGGCAUAGUAAUUUCAAAAAGUUAUGCAGCGCUCAUCCCUGCACUACAGUUAUGUCGUCACUGUGGAAUAACAGAAGCUUAAAAGGACUAUGCAGAAAUUACCCUUUUUUUUUUUGGCGGACAUAUACACAUAAACUUUUUGAUUAAAUACAUCCCAAAGCAGGGAGUCAGCUGUCAAGAAUUUUUCUUUGUUCUGUGUUUGUUUGUCAGUGUGAGUGUGAAGUAAGAGAGUGUGUGUAGUGUAUACACUUCCAUGUGAUACCUUCUCAUGAUGGUACUGAAACCUCAUCUCCUGUAGCUCUAAACGUGUGCUGCUCUCGAUGUUACUGAUCAAACACAAGUCUGACUUUGUGCCAAAUCUCUGCAAACACACACACACACACAUAUACACACACAAAUACAUACAAACACACACAAUACACACUCCUCGAAAACUGGAACAUGGAAGAAAAAAAUAACUUUUAUUUGUGUGAGAUGCAACUGUACAUAAAAAAAUGUGUAGAAUGUCUGAUAGAAAGAAAUUAUAUAUUUUUAAACUCAAAAGGAGCUGGAAUUCUAAGGCUGUAAAAUGGAUUUAUUAUGUAGACUGGACAGUGGUGUCUAAAAGGAAAAUAAAUGGUGAACUGAAGAGAGAUUA